GCGGUCACAUGACUCUAUCAUCUGCUUUUUAGACCAGCUCUCAGUCAGACUGAGUCAGUUUGUUAGGAGAACUCAGGAACAUGGCUUCAUCUUUUCUCUGCUUCACCCUCCUCUUCAUCAGCAUCCACAAUGCAGAUGGAUUUUUAGAGUAUAUAGUGGAUCGCUGUGACUUUAACUCCACUGAGCUUGAGAACAUGGAGUACAUCUACUCUCACUAUUACAACAAGAUGGAGUACAUCAGGUUCAGCAGCAAUGUGGGGCAGUAUGUUGGAUUCACUGACUUUGGAGUAAGGCUGGCGGAGGUCUGGAACAAUGAUACUGCAGACCUGAAUUUAAUGAGACUUAAGAUAGCAACAUACUGCCAUCACAACAUUGAUAUUAAUGAUCGGGCUAUUCUGACUAAAUCAGUCCAGCCCAGUGUCAGAAUUAAGUCCAUGACCCCGCCUUCUGGUCAGCAUCCUGCCAUGUUGGUCUGCAGCGUCUACGACUUCUUUCCCAGUAAGAUCAAAGUGAGCUGGCUCAGAGAUGGACAGGCCGUGUCCUCUGAUAUCACUUCCACUGAAGAGAUGCCAAAUGGUGAUUGGUACUACCAGACCCACUCCCAACUGGAGUACACACCCAGGUCUGGAGAGAAGAUCUCCUGUGUGGUGGAGCACGCCAGCCUGAAGGAACCUCUGAUCACUGACUGGGAUCCGUCCUCGGACAAAUCAACAUCUGAAUCAACUACGCUGAUCGCCAUCGGAGCCUCUAUACUGACCCUGGGUCUGAUUUUACUUCUGGCUGGAUUUAUUUUCUACAGGUGGAGGGCCCGAGAUCCUACACUGUUUUCCAAUGAAUGAGGCAGGAUCCUGGUUCUAGUCCUUCUUCUUUCUGAUGGAAUAAGAAGCAGCUGCUUUAUGUGUUCAGCAGACAGAUGAUGUCUGGAAUGGGCGACUCUGAACCUGAUCAAUGACGAAACACAUUUAUAGACUUUUACUGGAUAUUUUCAAUCCACAAUAAACAGAAACUCUUA